UGACACUACAGUUUGUGAUGUCACUCGACUCUUACGGCAGUUGUGUAGUGGACGUCGUGACGUUAAGUCGAUAUAUCUUGUUUGUCGAGGCGAGACAGCUUAAAUAUUGACAUACAGGAUGAGUGAAAAUUCAUUAUGGUCAUCGCUCUUCAAUUCUACAACUGUGACGGUUUUCGAAAUUUCACAGUUUUUUCUUCUGCUGAUUGUGGCAGUGAUAACACUUAUUGUUAUAAACUACAGAAGACGAAUUUAUAUAGCAAUGGUCACGUUGCCAAGGGAUUUAAGGAUCAUGUACGGAUUUGGAAAACUUAUAUGGUAUAAUCGCGUUUUUCAAAAGCAAAACACAACUGUGUUGAAACUGUUCCAACAACGUGUAGCAAAGGAACCGAAGAAGAUAGUAUUUUACUUCGAAGACAAGGCUUGGACGGUUGCAGAUGUAGAAGAAUUCAGCAAUCGAGUUGCUCAAGUAUUCAUUGCUGCGGGAUAUAGAAAAGGGGAUAUAGUUGCACUUUUCAUGGGCAACUGUCCUGAAUAUAUCUGCAUCUGGCUGGGACUAGCUAAAUUGGGAGUCAUCACUUCGCUGAUCAACCAUAAUCUGCGAAAUCAGCCUUUGAGUCAUACCCUAAAUGUGGUAAAGACAAAAGCAUUGAUAUUCAGUCAUGAAUUGUCAUCAGCUGUCCAGGAAGUUGUCAGUUCACUAGACAUUUUUCUGGAACAAUAUCAGCUGGGAGGAAAACAACCAGAAGCAAGUAAUGUGAAGAGUUUGAACUUACUCUUGGCUUCUGCUUCAACCAGCCAACCAAAUGUUGAAGGACCAGGAUAUAUGGAUGAAUUACUCUACAUUUACACAUCUGGAACAACUGGUCUGCCAAAGCCUGCCCUGGUUCCUCAUUCCCGGUGCCUAUUGGUAAUAUUUUCUGCUAAGUGCCUGUUACAAUUGAAUCCUGAUGAUAUAAUCUACAACCCUCUACCUCUGUAUCAUACUUCUGGAGGAAUGAUAGGAAUAGGCCCAGCCUUGGUUUUUGGGAAUCCUGUUGCCUUAAGGACUAAGUUUUCUGCUUCAGCCUACUGGAAUGACUGCAUCAAGUAUAAAUGCACU